CACAUUCAUUGAUCCCCACAUCCAUGCCCACCUUUAGCACCAUGGCGACUUUACGGCUCCUUGGAUCAGCACUUGUGCUGGCCAGCAUCAUCAACGCCCAGGUGAUAGAUCUUGGGGCAGCUUCGGUCUUCGCAGUACUUGGCGCCUCAACAGUGACAAAUACCGGAUUUUCAGUACUCGGUGGCGACGUUGGGGUUUAUCCUGGUUUGGCCAUCACGGGAUUUCCUCCCGGAACAGCAACCGCCAUUCACCCCGGCGACGCACUAGCGAUGCAAGGUCAACUCGAUGCGCAGGCCGCCUAUUCGACAGCAGCUGCAACGCCGGCAGGACCCCCGGAAAACAACCUGAGCGGGAUGAACCUGGGGGGCUUAAUACUGCCGCCAGGUGUUUAUACCUUCGACAGCAGUGCUCAGCUUACCGGGCUUCUCAUCCUGGACGGGGCAGGCAUCCCGGACCCUAGUUGGAUCUUUCAGAUAGCCUCAACCCUGACCACGGCAAGUGAUUCUGAAAUGGUCCUGAUCGGCGCCCCGGCCUGUAACGUCUUUUGGCAAGUGGGGAGUUCAGCUACUCUCGGCAGCGCUUCCGGGUUUAUUGGCAACAUCGUGGCCUUGGCGUCGGUCAGCAUGGACAGUACGGCGUCGAAUGAUGGAAGUCUUAUCGCCCUUACCGGUGCUGUAACGUUGAUCGACAAUCUCGUCAACGCUCCCUGUGCCGCCGUCGUAACAACCUCAUCAUUCGCGACUUCAACUGCAACAGUAUCAACGUCAAUGAGUUCUGUAACCGGCGAGACCGUAAUCACUACCGAGAUCACCACUGAGAUCACUACCGUGAUCACUUCGGGGACUGUCACGGAGACCACUACCGAGAUCAUCACGGAGACCUCUACCGAGACCAUUCCGAUUCCAACAUCAACGAGUCUUCUGUCCUCCGAGACCGCAACCGCUACCACUACGGAAGCUUCAACAUCUCCGACCGUAGCCUCGACCACGACUUCAACUGCAAUAGGUUCUUCAACCUUCUUUUCCACGACCUCUACGGAAACCGAAACAACAUCAACUACAACCUCCCCAUCCGUGGCGUCUACAGGCACCUCGACCGUGACAAGUUCCCCGUCUGUAACAUCAAGCCCAAUAGGUGUGGUCACCACCCAAGUUACAGCUUCGACCACUUCAACCCUCACAGUAUCCGGCAUCACUCACACGCCAGCGAACCAAGCCGCCAUCGUCAUAAUAUUCACAGUGACAUGCCCCGAGGCUCCCACGCAAAUCUCCUCGCACGGCCAAGUUUUCUACAUUGAAACGCCCUGCACCACCGUCUUGACAGCCACGCCCACCCCAUUCUCCCCGACAGAGAGGCCUUGCGAAGACUGUGCCCUCCCCACAUCUCGGGACCCGGAUAUCCCCAGUGAACCCUGCCUCACCUGCUCUAAUCAAUUGGCCACACCGACAACAGCGCAGUUGGAAGGAACGAGGGCGGGCGACAGCCCACACCAAACUGACAAGGGGUCAACGGACUCGAAUGGCUCGGGCAUUGUCACUGCCGCGGCCACCUCGAAUUGGCCAAACGUGGCCAUUUUGGCAGGGGUUGGUUUGUUUCCGAUUGUGAUUAAUCUGGCGUGAAGGAUACAUAUAUUUGGUCUGAGUUGGGCGUUCAAGGAGCAAAAGGAGUUGGGAGGUUUAGGCCCACGGCGAGAAGCCAACCUUGGAAUUGAUAUAGACUCUGUGCCGUUUUCAUCACUGCGGUCGCAGGUGUUUGCCAUUUGCCUGCCACCGUGGUUGCCGGAGUUGCUGAUUUCAGACACAUUAGAUACCCAUUUUUAGCCGUCCUUCGCCCCAUACAAUUACAUUCUACAAUCACAUUCCACGAGGACGGCAAG